AUGUCUUCGUUAAUUGUUGAUGGGCGCUACCCUCCUGUCCGCGGCUCUACCCUAAGUGACGUGAGCAGUGAAGAACGAUCAAGCGCUACCGAUUUCGUCAACCGCCAUAACUUUGUCUUCGAGGAGUUCGACCAUGCUAAAAUGACUGCUACCUUCCUCCCAAAUGCUGUUGUGUACCACAGCCACGGUACUAUCAGUGGCCACAAGGAGAUGAAGGAAUUCUUUGAAAAUGUUUACGGAUUCUUCAUUCCGGGAAUCGCCCGCAGCGCUACAAACCACAUCGUCGAUCGUGAUGAAGAUGGAGGUGUGGUUGUUCGGUAUCAGGAAAUGCUCAUCCGAUAUGGCUGGCCGGGCGACGACACGGCCGUGUUCGGUCGAAAGGAUGUGGUUAGAGAGAAUGGGCUGCCGGCAAUCUGGUGGAUUGGGACCAACAUUGACCGGCUUCGCAUGACAGCAGAUGGUUGGAAGAUUUUUGAGCGCUAUCUUGGAACGCCUUUCAGAAAUGGUGCUCUCGACAUCAAUUGA